UGCGCUCAGCUGUUAGGGGGCGGGGCCUCGGCCGACCAUGGCGGGUGAGCUCGAGAGCUGCAAGCCCCUGAGUGGGUUACUGAACGGCUUGGCCCAGGACGCGUUCCACGGGCACCCGGGCAUCACGGAGGAGCUGCUGCGGAGCCAGCUCUAUCCGGAGGUGCAGCCCGAGGAAUUUCGCCCGUUUCUGGCGAAGAUGAGGGGAAUUCUUAAGUCUAUUGCAUCUGCAGACAUGGAUUUCAACCAGCUGGAGGCAUUCUUGACUGCUCAAACCAAAAAGCAAGGUGGGAUCACUUCUGAGCAAGCUGCCGUCAUUUCCAAGUUCUGGAAGAGCCACAAGACAAAAAUCCGCGAGAGCCUCGUGAACCAGAGCCGCUGGGACAAUGGGCUUCGGGGCCUGAGCUGGAGAGUUGAUGGCAAGUCUCAGUCAAGGCACUCAACUCAAAUACAUGCUCCUGUUGCUAUAAUAGAACUGGAAUUAGGAAAAAGUGGACAGGAAAAAUACUCUCCUGCACUGUGGCCUAGUGGGAAUCUGAAUUUCUGUGUUUGGAAUUUGAUGAGGUGAAGGUCAACCAAAUCCUGAAGAAGCUGUCAGAGGUAGAAGAAAGUAUCAGCACACUGAUGCAGCCAGCGUAACUGCAGAUGACACAGGAAGGAGUUGGAGUUUUUGAAGCAAAGGUGUUCGUGAUUCCUCCUCUCUGACUUUUUUUUUAAAUAUUGUUCCCCCAUUGGUAUUAAAUUUUCAAAUUCAAAUCUU